AUGUCAUUUGAAUAUGAUAUAAAAAAACGAAAAAAAAAAAAAAAAAAAUAUAUAUUUGAAGAGAAUAGUAUUGAUGAUGAGCUUCUUGGAAUAUCUGAACUUUUCAAGGAUAACGAUGAUGAAAUAAAUAAUAAUAACAAUGAGGAGGGGGAGAAUGAAAAUGAGGAUAUUAGCGAAGAAAAUGAUGAGGAUAUAAAAUAUAAAGAAAACUAUGUAAGAGAUAAAAAUAGUUGGAAAGGAGGUGAAUAUAAUAAUUCGAAAGAUGGAACUUCUAAACAUGAUCCAAAUGUGGAAGAUAAAGAAAAAGAACUAAAAGACGAAGAUGAAAAGAAAAAGAAGAAUGAUACAAAAUAUAAUUUAUUUAUAAGUAAAAGUUAUAUUAAAACUAUUGGAUUAUUAUAUAACAUAACAAAUGAUAAAACAAUGCUUGAAAAUGAUGCAUGUUUUGAACAGAUAUCUAAUAUUAUAGAAUUACGAAUUAAGCAAAUUAUUGAAGAGGCAAGUAAAUUUUAUGAAAAAAGGAAACGAUUUUGUGUAAAUAAAUAUUUAAAUGUAAAUGAUUUAACAAAUUCUUGUAAUUAUUUAAAUGUAAAAAUUCCUUACCAGUAUAAAAGUAGUAUCUAUAAUCCGAAUUUCACAUCUCUAGAUAAAAAUUCUAAAAAUAAUAAAACACUUUAUAAACUAAUUAAUAAACAAGGAUAUAAAAAUAAUAGUAAAAAAUUUACGAAAAAAAAUAAAAAUACAAAUUUCCAAAAAUUAAAAAAAAAGAAAAAAGGUAUAAAUUUGAAUUUAAGUGUUGAUAAUAUAUUUAAAGACUGGAAAAAUAAUGAUCAUAAUAAUAUAAAUUUGUAUACUGAAUUUUCUGACUUAAAGAAUGAAAAAAAUGACAACAUUGAUAAAGACGAUUUUAUAAAAAAAACAGAUUUAAGUGAUAAUGAUAAAUCGGAAAAUGAAAGAAAGGAAUUAAGCUACAAUUUUGAUGAGAAUGAAGAUGACAAAGUAUCUUUCCCUGAUGGGGAAGAGUGCGCAGAUGUUAUAACUAACUUAGAGGCUGACAUCGGUUCUGAUUUAGAUGUGGAGUUAGAUAUUCCACAAAAAGAAAAUGGCAGUGAUAAUGAUGAGCAAAAUAUCGGACAAUCACUGGUGUCAUAUGAAAUAGAUAUCAGUGAUUUAAAACUUGAUGAUAAUAAUAUAAGUACCUCAUCAAUAAUAGAACAAAAAGAAUCUUUUGAAAAUAUAGAGCUUGAUGACCAGAUCGGUAUUGGUGUUUCAAAAAGUGAGUUACAAAAUAAUAUUGAAUUGAAUAAAGAUAAAAAGAUAGGUUUCGAUUUGUUUGAAAUGAAAAAAACUAGCGAAGAAAAUAAAAUUACAGAUUCAGAUGACGAGAUAAAUAUUGAAGAAAAUAAUUUAUUACAUGAUUGGCAUGUUAAAAAUAAUGAAAAUAAUAAAAAGAAUGUUUUAAAUGUAUUAUUUAGUGAUAUGCAAAAUGUUUUACCUUUGGAAGAAAAUUUGACAGUAUUUUGGGUAUUUAUACAAAAUCAAUAUAAAAAAAAAAAAAGAAAAAAAGACAAAAUGAAAAAGAAUGAUGAAGAAAUAGAUGAGGUUGUAGAAAACCGACAUAAUAAAUUAAUACAUUUUGAUUAUCAAUGUUAUGAAAUAUUAUAUACAAUUGAAAAAAGAGAAGACAAUUUAUAUCAGAAAAAUGUCAAAAUAGAUAAGGAACAUGGAUAUAGUAGUUACACCAAUGGAUAUACAAAUUAUUCAAAUUUUGAUCAGAAUAAAUUUGAUGGUUCUUCGUAUUCCAACGAAGGUAAUAUAUUUUUACUUCCUAAGCUUCGUCCAAUAAAUAAAGAAUAUACAAUAUUACUAAAAUAUAUAUUAGAAAUAAUAAAAGAUAUAAUAAAUUAUAGAACGAAUUUUUUUGAUUAUAAUAAUAUAUUACAUAUAUUUAGUACAUCAAAAGAGAUAAAUAAGAUAUUACCAAAUAUAUUAUUUUUUUUGUUUAAUGAGUUAGAUCAUAAUUUACGAUUUAACAAUAUAUAUUCAGGUUUAAUGUUAUUAAUAUUAUUAAAUGGCAUAAUAAAAAACCGAAAUAUAGAUAUAGAUUUUUAUUGUUUACAAAUUUUAAAAAUGUUAAUUCAUGUAAUAAUAUAUGAGCAUGAUUUAAAAUUAAAAAAUAUAUAUUUAAUUUUAUUAUUUAAAAGAAAAGCUUGUGAUAUAAUAAUUGAUUUUUGUUCCUUAUUACGAAUAAAAAAUAAUAAUGAAAUUAUAAAUAUAGAUUAUUAUUUGGCAUAUAUAUUAAGUAAAUUAUUAACACAUAAUAAAUGUACAUAUAUGCAUAUAUAUGUAUCAUAUUAUUUGAUUUAUUUAAUGCCAAUAAAUAUUCACAUAAAAUUUUUUUUAUCUUAUACACCAAACUUUUUGUCAAUAUUUUUCAGAAAAUAUUUAUAUUAUCAAAAUGUUUAUAAUAUUUUAUUGUCUUACGAGCAGAAAGAAAUUAGUGAAUUAUUUAAUUUUUUCUUUUUUCAUAUUUACACAUUGAUACAAGGAUCACUAUAUAAAAUAUUUAAGCAUCUUGGAAUUUUGAUUUUUAAUUCAUCAUCAUCGAUAUAUUUAAAUUAUUUGCUGAAUUUUAUAGCAGAAUAUGCAGAUUACCAUUUACCAUUAAUUUUGUCAAUUACAAAUGUUUUAGGGGGAAGUAUAGAGGAGGAGGAUAGUACCACUAGUUAUAGUGAGUCUGAAUGGGAUAGUAGUAUUGACAGUGAUUGGUGUGAUAGAAAAGGUAUGUCCUUUAAUACUAAUGGGGUUAAUAAUUUAUUGUUUAAAAAAAUGAACAAAAUAAAGAAUAAAAUAAAUAUUAAAAAUGAAGUUAAAAACAAAAAUGAUAAAGUUGGGAGAAAAAAAAAAAAUGUAUUUGAUAUAAGUACUAUAAAAAUGUAUGAGUUAAAAAAAAAUUCACAUCAUUUAUCAAAAAAUAAAAAUUAUUUAAAAAAUAUAAAUAAAUUAUAUAAUUUGUAUUUACAAAGUGAGAAAAAUAAUGAUGACUAUUCAAUAGAUGAUUUUGGAAAUGAUGACAAUUUAAGUUUAAAUAUAAAUACGAUGGAAAAAAAAGCAUAUCUUAGUUCUUAUAUUCAAAAAAGAAUAAUAUUAAACAAAGAGCUUAUACAACGAGCAUCUGAAGAAAAGGAGUUGCAAACAAGUAUUGUGAUUAAUCAGGUUCUAAGCAAUAUUUUGUAUAAUGUUAAUGCCAAAGAACGCCAUAAAACUAAAUCACACAUACGAUGCUCUAAUGCCAAUUUGUAUGACUCGUAUUAUUAUUUUUUGUAUACCUUGUGA